AUGGAUGACUCAGUUCCGAUGUAUUCAAUUUUGUUGCCGACAUAUAAUGAAGUGGAAAAUUUACCGAUUUGUAUUUGGCUUAUUGAGAAAUAUAUGGCUGAAACAAAUUUCACGUAUGAAAUUAUAAUUAUUGAUGACAAUAGUCCGGACGGAACACUACAGAUUGCUAAGAAACUGCAAGACGAAUAUGGUAGUAAUAAAGUGAUUUUACGUCCACGACCUGGCAAAUUAGGUUUGGGGACAGCUUAUAUACACGGUUUGGAAUCGGCACGCGGUGAAUUUAUUAUAUUGAUGGACGCUGAUCUGUCACACCAUCCAAAAUUUAUUCCAGAAAUGAUUUCUUUGCAGAAACGAGAGAAUUGUGAUAUUGUUACCGGAACACGCUAUGCUUUGAAUGGUGGAGUUUCUGGCUGGGAUUUCAAGAGGAAACUUAUUAGUCGAGGAGCCAAUUUUUUAGCUCAGUUUUUGCUCCGUCCAAAUGUUUCUGAUUUAACUGGAUCAUUCCGUCUUUACCGAAAAGGCGUACUGGCUAGGCUGAUUGUUUCAAGCGCCUCCAAAGGAUAUGUAUUCCAAAUGGAAAUGAUGUUUCGCGCCAGAAAACUUGGCUAUACAAUCGCCGAAAUUCCAAUUACUUUUGUUGACCGUUUUUAUGGUGAAUCAAAAUUAGGUGGACAAGAAAUAAUUGAUUAUCUAAAAGGUCUUAUUUACCUUUUCUUUGUUUGGUGA